AUGUCCGACUUCAACGCCAUUGCCCAGCAGUUCGUCCAGUUCUACUACAAGACUUUCGAUGAGAACCGCGCCGGUCUCGCCCAGCUCUACUCACAGAAGGAAACCUCGAUGCUCACCUUUGAAGCGCAAGGAACUCAGGGAUCAGCCGCUAUCGUAGAGAAGCUCCAGCUCGGAGGCGAAGACAAGCCAAUGAGCUUCACCCAGGCUUUCCAGCUCAAGAACGCCGAGGGGAGCUGGUAUGUUCUUAAUGAUGUCUUCCGUCUCGUAUACCCCGCCGCAUAG